AUGGCAGCUUCUUUAUGGUGGGAUGAUGCCGAAACGUCGAACAAAUCAGAUUCCCAACACAAAAUCGAGGACUUGCUGGUGUUUGGAUAUGCUUGUAAAUUAUUUCGAGAUGAUAAGAAAGCCAGAGCUAUCGAUAACGGCAAGAUGCUUAUACCAUGGAUGGGGGACGAGAGACUCAUGAUUGACAGAUAUGAUGGAAGAGGGCAUCUCUACGACCUGGCCUCCCAUGAUUGCGACAAUGUGGAGGAUAAGAAUCCAAAGGCAUGUGAUGAGGAAAGAUAUCUAGAGCUGCAUACAGACGUAAGGGAGGCCGAAUUAUAUGAAGAGGAAGAAUGGAAACGUUACUACCUGUCCUUGCAGGAGGGAUACCAGUCUGUUGGCUUCAGCUACGACCAGCAGGCGGGAGGUUAUGAUGGUCAGAUACAACCUGAUGCAUCAGGACUUGAAAAAGAAGCAGAUGAGAAACCUUUUGUUGUACCUGAAGAACUGCACGUUCCGCCAGACCUGUUGAAGCCAACCUGUGCAAAACAGAAUGCACGCAUCGAGAAGACAGCCAGUUUUAUUGCUCAGCACGGAAUUCAGAUGGAAAUAAUGCUGAAGACAAAGCAGUCUGGCAACUCACAGUUUGACUUUCUCCACUUUGACAACGAACUGAAUCCAUACUACAAGCACGUGGUUAGCAUGAUCAAGUCUGGUAAAUACAAGCCUCAGGAGGAGGAGGAGGAGAGCCUGAAGCAAG